CCAUUUUCCCCCUAUCCCUCCCACUCCUUGUGCCCAACAUCCCUCCUGAACAUAAAUUAUAUUUCCUUCUGCUCCCCAUUCCCACCUGACCCCAUCCCUCCCAUGCCUGCACCCCAACCCCCGACAGGUUCCCAGUGUCCCCCAGCCUGACGGUGUUAUUUAUGUCAGCUCCCUUUUAAAAAGCUUUCAUUCAGGUCUGAGCCUGCUGCCUCUAAAGAGGCAAGGCAGGCGCCUCCUCUUUUUCUUGAUUUCGGCAGGCCCUGGGGUGACAACAAAAGCUGGUUUUCUUCUUAUACUGAAGUCUGCAUUGCCCUGGCUGUUCAUUUCAGAGAACACGUUUGCUCCCUGUGGGAAGACUAGCUCUGCAGAAAGAGAAAAGCAAAGAAGCGUCGAGUGAUUUACUCUGGAUAGUAGCACUGCAAGCAAGCGUAGAAAACUGGUGAGCAUUCAGAGGUGCAUGCUGGCUGGACACGUACCACUUUGAAGUCUAAAUAAGGUUCUUUCAUUUGGUUUUUAUUAGUUAUAACACCUCCUUUCCCACCAACAGCAAAAGUAUGAGAAGAUGUUGGACCAUCCAAAGUCAUGCUUCUGGAAGUCUGAGAACACCGAACUUACCUGUGCACUAAAUGAAACAGUUUUCUGGCUCGGAGAUCAUUGACUACAGACAGUAGCACGAUGUAUACACACAGGGCUGUACAUUUAGGUUGAAAGGAAACCAUUUGAUUUGCUUCCUUAAUGCAUCAUUUCCAUGUGUGGUUUUCUACAGCUUGCAUGUGUUGGGUUCUUUAUUCAAAAAAAAGGUCAAGGCAAAUUCCUUUCCAUUCAGCUGAGACAACACCUUUACCUCCUCAUGCACCAAGAGCAGGGGUUGAACUUUGCCUUUUGGCAGCAGAGGAGAUUGCUGCUCCCUGAGCUCACAGAUACCUGUCUGCUAGCAAUGGGAGACAGCUGUUUUCCAAAGAGGUGCGUGUGUGGGGAGAGGGGACACUGGGAUGUUGGGCUGCUGGGUGCCAGAGGUGAGCAGAAAGAAGCCUGCUCAGCCUGGCUUUCUCCCCUCCCUUUGAAUCUUCCCUCUCUUCACUGGCUCUGAAAGAGGGCUGGUAAAUCCAGGGCAGGGCCUGAUACUGCUGCUGAUUUGAUGGUGAUGAUAGUUUGACCUUGCAAUGGUCAGGGAUUGAUGGUAGACUCAAGAUACCCAGCAGGUUUAGGGCUUGCCAAACACUGCAAGUGCAAUGCCUACAAUCCAGUAGCCCUCUGUGAAGGUGAAGCUGUUCUGUGGGGAAUGCUCUGGAUUUAUACAGUGCUUUCCCCAGUAGGGUCUUUGACCAUAAGUAUGGCUUUAGGCAUGACAAGAGUACAAAUAAGUAGUAAAGGUUAGCACGGGCAUGCAAAACCUCAAACAACUGGUGGCCAGGAUCCCAGGGACAGUACAUUUAAAGCAAAAAGGAAUCGGGGAAUUUGGUUGUACCUUUGAGGGGAUAUUAAGGGCCCGAGGAUAUGUCAUCCCUGUGUGAGGAAGGUUAAGAAUCACGUCAACGGACUGGCUUGGCUAAACAGCAAAUGCUUUUGUGACUUGAAACUUAACAAGGAAUCUCUCAAAAUGUGGAAGCGUAGCUACAAUACUACAGAUGGCAAUAAAGGAAAAACCCGGGCAGACCAAGGCACUGUAAUACAGCUACUACGAGACCCACAAGCACCCUUUGAAGUUAGAUGUCAAGGACCAAAGGAAGUGUAGGUCCAUUACCGAUUGGGGAAAGGGAAUUAAAAUUGCUCAAUGUGGAAAAGGCAACGUGUUUAAUGACUUCUUAUCUCAGUCUGCAUAAAAUGUGUCCUAGAGGUAUCAGGACACACCUGAUAAGAAGUUGCGUUCAUGUUCUGUUCUUGAGCCCGAAGCAAUCCAAAUCUAUAAAACAGGAUUCUGGCAUGGCGCUAUUCUGACUUUUAUAAUGUUGGGUUCCAAAAUGAGGAACGUAACUAUAUCCAGGGGAUUUUAACUUAAUUCUUCUCCUUAACAAAUGGAUGUUUUUCUCUGGUGUUCUUUAAAACAAAAUGUCCUCAUUUGAGAUGUCAAAACAAAUGCAUGAUGGGGUUGAGGGAAAUUCUAUCCUAACCCAUAAGUCGGAAAAAAGUCGAUAUUGUCCUCUGUAGAAUGAAAAGGAGAGUUAUAAUGAACUUGAUGUGAGAGGGGCUGAAAGGGAGGAACACAACAUGCCACUGUUCAGGUCCAGAAAGCCGACAGAUAGAACAGGGGCUGGCUACCUGUGGAGAAUUUCAUCCUGGGCCAGAAACAGAUCCUAGACCCAGUUUGACUGUGUGACUUCCAGUACACAGAUUCUGGAUAGGGGAAUGUCUGUGCUUUCUGCUUCUCUUCGUGUCUGUUCUUCAUAUUACAGAAUCGGACCAAGAAUGUGCAGAUGAUGUUUCAGAAUGGCUACUACAAUCUGGCCAUCACAGAGGAACCUGAGAUUCAAGUGCUCGAACUCCCCUACGGUAAAAAAGGAGAAGGAGAACUGAGUAUGUUCAUUUUUUUACCAAAAGAUAUCAAGGAUAACUCCACUGGCCUGGAACAGCUUGACAGCGCACUCACCUAUAAAAAAUUUGUAGAGUGGACCACAAUGACGGAGAUGCAUAAACAAAACGUGAAUGUGUACCUGCCCCGAUUCAAGAUUCAGGAAAGCUAUGACCUUGGGAAAACUCUGCAGGCUAUGGGGAUGCUCCAUUUGUUUGACACUUCAAAGGCUGAUUUAUCAGGAAUGAACGGAAACCGUGAUCUGGCUGUGUCCAAAGCCAUCCAUAAAUCUUACGUGGAUGUUAAUGAAGAGGGCACUGAAGCAGCUGCUGCUACAGGGGUUGAAAUAAUUUAUACAAGUCCUGGGAUGCCUUAUGAGUUUAAGGCUGACCACCCCUUCCUCUACCUUAUCAAAAACAAUGUAACCAACAGCGUUCUCUUUUAUGGCCAAUGUACCUCUCCUUAACUGGAGGGCACUUUGAAACAAUAUAGGAAGACCUACAACCUUGUUGUAGUGAGGAUAAAAGAUAAUAUUUCUCAAGUUUUUUGAAAUUUUGCAAAUUUGAAAUGAGAGAUUUUUGAAUGCAAUGGCUUCGAAGAAAAGUCUCCUAAUACAGUGGCCGCAACCAUACGGCUCCAGUCUGGUGUGGACCGAGUGCCUUUAGCAGCACAUUGGCAGUGGGGAGUUUUUCCUGAGCCCAAGCCAGGGUCAGGCAUCUAGGAGCUGUGCCUGUGCCACUGCCACUGCUUCUCUCAGCCCCCUACCCUCUGGCUGGGGGGGAGAGUGCAGCUUCCCACUGGCUGAAAGCUUUGCCUAUGCUACAACUGAGGGACGGUGGUGGCGAUAAGUGGCAGAGGCCCGGGUGCAGCUAGAAACUGCCCAGCUCUUGCACAACCCCUUGCUGCCUGACCUUGACAUGGGGGCAGGUGCAGGCACAGGCAGAGCUCUCCACCACCAGUGGUUCUGCAGACUGAACCUGAAUAUGUUGCUGGCCCCUCUUCUAUGAUGUUAUUGUCUUUUGCCUUUAUAUUGCUUAGAACUUAUUGUCUUUAUAUUGGUUAUUAUAAUGUAACCAAAGCAGCUAUCUCCUAAAUUUGAAAUCAUUUUGACUCCA